AUGAACUGUAACAAAGAUAAUUAAUUAAAUAGUAUUUCUCGCUGCUCAUUCAAUUAUCAAGAUGCUUCUCAAACUCUUCAAGUUUUUGAGGUUCUUGCUUGUUUUAAUGGCUUCGUUAAAGAUGGGUAGUGUGUUAGUAACUGCGGUUAUGGAUAUUUUGAAGAAACGGAAAAUCUUGAUCAUUAAUUAGGUUCCUAUGAAAGAGGCAUAAAAAGCUUGCCAGAUGCUAUAUCAAGGGCAUAUGAAAUUGGAGGUAUAUAUACUUCAUCAAAGAUAAAAAUAAUUUUAAAGUCAAAACCCGACUUGAAUCAUGCUAUUCUAAGAUAGGUUUCUGAUUUUUACAUGCCCAGUCUUUAUGAUCAGUAUUCAUAAUCAACAUAGAUAACUAUUGAUACAGAAGAUGGUUUACCUCAAUAAGUUUUUUAUAAAAUGAGAGACAAAUGGAGAUUCAUAGUGGGUGGUGGUCUUGAAUUACGAAAUUUGAUAUUUGAUGCAAUAGAUUCUUAGCUUACUCCUAAAGAAGAUAUCAACAAAUGUCUUUAAAAUGGAUUGAUAAAUUGUUGUGGGACAGAAGGCUGCCUUGAGAAAAAAUAUUUCUUAAUAGAGAUUAAUGGUUCUAAUGGUCAUCUUAUACUUGAUUAAGUAACUUUUGAUAAUAUUAAUUCAUGUGGUUCGAUAAUUGGGAAUAAAAAGCCAAUCAUAAAUGUAUAAAGUAAUAAUAAUGAAACUCCUUUUGGCAUAGGGUCUCUUAAGAAAUAACUAGGUACAUUAUUUAUAAACUAGGAAAUAUAAUAUAAAAACUAUGGGAGUAUAAUAAACUUGGAAAACUUUUAAGGUGAUGUUAUCAUUCAAGACAGCUAAUUCCAAUAUAAUUAGGUUAAAUAUUAGAAUUGUGAUAUAGCCAAAGAGAUACUCAAUAACAAUUUAAAUUAUCAAAAGGAUGAAUAUCAAAGCCUUGGUGAAAAGAAUAGAUUGAAAAUUCACUCUUUAAUUUCAGUGACUAAGCAUAGUCAUAAUGUAGAUCUUAUUAACAAUGCUUUUAAUUAGAAUAGUGGUACUAAAGGCAUAAUAAUACUAGAUGUGAAUAAAUAAAAUCAAAAUAGAAUUCUGAUUGCAGGAAAUUCAUUCACUAGUAACUUUGGUUAUUUUGAAUCUAAUGUAAUAAACAUUAGACAUCGAGUAGAAUAGUUAAAAAAUACUGAAUUGCUCUAAGGAGAUUUAGAUGAGGAUUCAUUUUGCUCAGGUUUUCAUUUGAUUAAGAACAAAUUUAAAUAUAAUAUGGGAUGCCCUCUAUAUUCAGGAGCAUUAGUAAAGUAUGAAUGCUUACAAAAUGAUUAGCAGUCGCCUUUUCCAAAUGAUAAGAUGGCUUCCUUGGAAGCAUAAGCAUACUAUGAAGACUAGUUUAAUUUAGAUGAAAUUUAAUUUGAUUGGAUUAAGAUAAAUGAGUUUUAAUUUGCUUUUGGCCAGGAAAGUUACAAUAUUGAUCUCAAUAUUAAUAGUCUUAGGCUUAAUUCUUACAUUUAGAACUAUGUUUCUGGUGGCUCUGGGAUAAUUGAUAUAAUUGGAAGUUUUAGAACAAGAAUUUUAGAUGAGCAGCUUUUAAAUAAUGGAGAGUCUUGUUAAGAAACUUUAAAUUAUGGAUAUUAUCAUCCCAUUGGAACUGAAUAAAUAAAUGGAUCAUAUCUGAGUUUCACAUAAUUAGUUAAUGAUUUUUUGGUUAAUUAUAAAGUAUAAGCCAAAUUGAUUAGCUAUUUUGAGAAUGGUUUAGAUAUAUAAGAUGUUGUUUACGCCUAAACAAGCGGUGAUUUUUAUUAAUCUUUGCUAUUGGAUCUUAACGAUAAUUACGCAUUUUAGCUUCCAUAAAAUUUAAGAAUAAGAAAUAUAAGAAUCAAUAACUUUGAAUGUAUUCUAUGUAAACAAGCAAUUUUCAACAUUAAAGCAGAUAACUUGGCAAUUGAUAAUGUAGAAUUAAAUAUGAUUGGGUAAAUGAACUUGUAGUAUUAAUAAAGUGAAUAUGGACAAGAUAGCCAUUUUUUUAACAUUACAAUAAAGGAUAUUAUCGGAUCAUCUAUGGCAAAUCCUUAACUGAUGAUGACAAACAUAAUUGGAUUGAUGAUAAGUUCAAACAAACUAAGCAUGAAAUUGAUCAAGGUUUAAAGAGAUAAUUUGAAUAGUUAGAAUUAGCAAAUUGAAACUUUUAUUAAAUUCAAAAACAUCUCUUUGGAAUAGAUACACCUAUAUAAUGGUACUAAUUUGAUUCAAUUUGAUGCACCUAAUACUCAAGUUUUUAUUGAUGAUAUCUUACUCUCAUUCAUUGAAAUUAAUGAAGGUGCAUUUAAGACUGCAUUCAUUGAAAUAUUGUCACUUAAAUCUUUGCAUAUAUAGAAUCUUAAUAGCUUUAACAUAGCCCACAAUUUAAACAAAGAUAUUGAAAAUGCUGGAACUUUAAUUUUUGGAGAUUAACUAUAAAAUGACUUUAGUUUAACUGUUAAAGACUCAAACAUUAAAUUGAUCGAGGAAGUUCCUAUAGAGCCAUAAGUGUAUCUCUAUCCUUUGUUUUUUCUUACAAGUUUGAAUAAUACUAUCAGUGUCAAUUUGUUGAAUAGCAGUUUCUAAAAUUAAAAUGGAGGAUCAAUUUAUUGCAAAAAUUGCCUGAUAAAAUAAUUUGAGUUGAACAGAUUUACUAAUAUAAUGGCUCAGAAUGGAGGUGCAAUUUAUAUAGAUAAUUCUGUCAUAGAUACUAUAGAGUUUAUUGAUAAUGAGCUUAGUAACUCACUAGGAGUUGAAAAAGGGGGAUUUAUUUACAUCAAUGAUUCUUAGUAGACUGAAGGUUAAAUAGGAUUAAAUUUGAAAUCUAGAGUUGUAAUUCGCAGUGAAAUUUUAGAUGUAAUGCAUUUUGAAUUGUUAGGUGGCUACUUUGGUUCAUUACUAUACUACGAGUCAUUUAGAUCUCUUGAUUUUCUUCUUGAAAAUGUGCAAAUAUUCAAGAAUAAUGAACAAACUUAUGAAGAAGGCUAUGUGCUAUUUUCAAAUUAGUAUAGAUAAAUUGAGCCUGAAUAAGGAGUUAUUCAGCAAAUUAAUACUUAAUAAAACUUGAAUUUGAAUUUUACUAUGAAAAAUGUUAAUUCUGGCGGGUAUGGUUAUAUUAAAUAAGGUGGAGUAGUUAAAGUCAAGAAUAAAAUAGACAAUUUCUUAAUCCAGAUAAUAGACUCAUAGAUAGAUGCAUUAUAUACUCCUUAUGACGAUAAUUUGAUUAAAAUUAAUGGAACAGGUAUAUUCUGUCAUGCUUAUUAUUCUAUUCUUGUUUUGAUUGAAAAUUCCUCAAUAUCUAGCGUUGGUAAUAAUAUUGGAGCAGGAGGCUUUAUGUAUCUUGAGGCUUCCAUUAUCAGAGUAAAUAUUAAAGCAUCUUAAUUCAAAUCGAUUAGAAGUAGAUUCGAAGGUGGUUUUGCUAUGAUAGUUUCUUCAAUUGAUAGUUAAAUAGAAAUUAAUAAUUGCUAUUUCUAUUUCAGUGGAUAAAAUUCAAUAGCAGGAGGAUUAUUUUUUAUAUAAGGUUCAGUAGCUCAAUUCGUAGUAAAAAAUCAAACUGCUCUUUUUCAGAUAAACUAGCAGAAUGGAACUCUGGAUAAUGGAAAUGGGGGUUUGCUAUAUCUCAAUGGAAAAAUCUAAUUAAUAGAAUUCGAUAAUCUUACUAUACAAAAUUCAAUAGGAGGUUUAUUCUAUCUUUAAAAUGGAAGAGGAUAGAUAUAUUCAGAGAAAAAUACUUUCAAGGGUAUUAUCACAACUUAGCCUGUGCGUAAUGCCUCUUUGAUGAUAGCCAGCAAUACUGCUAACGUACUAGUUAUGAAUUCAAAAUUUUGGUAUUGUGAUGCUUUUGAUCAUGCUGGUUUAAUAAUGGCUAAUGGAACAGGAAUUCAAUAAAUUAAGUUUAUAAAUUCAAAUUUCAAACUUAUUUAUGCGGAUUAAAAUGGAGCUUUGAUUUAUGCUGAUAAUGAAGAUGUAGAAGUUAUUUUGGAGAAUAACAAUUUUACUCAAAUCCUGUCAUAGGAGGGAGGCUUAUUUUAUGUUUUGAAAGCAAAAUCAGUUCAAAUAUCAAACAAUAUUAUAACAUAACUUCUCUCAACAAGUGAAGGAGGGAGCUUGAUUUAUCUGUAAAAUGCUGCGUCUGUAAUAUCAUCAAAUAAUACUUUUGAUUCUUGGCAUAUUGCAGAAAAAGGCUCAAUUUACUAGCUUUAUGAUUCGUAAUAUUUUUGA